UCUUUUCAGGUUACUUAAUAUAUCCAUGUAGUGAUAGGCUUACUUUUGGAAAUGCAGAACUUGAAAUUCCAUUUAAGUAUAUUUGCUCUGUGUUUCAUUCAAGUGUCCGUGUCAACUGAUAUCAUGAUCAUUCCAAAAGUUAUUGAUGGCUUUGAGGAAAGGAGCGUUUCCUUCAAAUGUGCUCACAGUGGAACAGGGUUAAGAAUGAGAUGGCAACGGAAAGAUCGAAGUAAUAUUUGCUAUUUUGCAACGCAUGACUGUAGUGCUCUCAUAACAACACAGGACAGAACCACGUGCACUUGUGAAAAAGAUUCUAAAAACGAAAUUGCCGUUUCUUUACAAAUAUCUAAUAUAUCAAGUGCUGAUCACAAUACUACCUGGUUUUGUGCAGUCGUUUAUAUUACAGGAAUACGCAAUCAAACAGCAUCUUUAUUGGUCAAAGUUCCAGUUAAAGCAUUGACUAUCACGCCCUUUGUGAAGACCAUACAGAUUUCUGAAAAUAAUACCACAACGUUUUCUUGCAACACUUCCUAUAGUCGGCCGAUUCCCAAAAUUCAAUGGAUAAUAAAGGAUCGCAGCCAUUUGCAAUUAACUGGAGAGCAAACAAAUAAAACUAACAAUAUAGGUUUGACUUCUGCGGAUAGUGCUCUUAAUUACAAACCUAGCAGAACAUACAACGGAUGGAAACUUUAUUGUAUUGUCAUCAAGUCGGAAGUGCAAAAGAAAGAAAUAUCAUCAAGUUUAAUAUCACUUAAUGUCACAUAUCCACCUGAUUUAACACUGAUGAUAAAUGGGUUUCUUUCAAAUGGAAUUUAUUAUGUUAUUGAAAAUAGCACAGGCACUUUAACUUGCAACAUCACCGGAGGAAAUCCAAAGCCUUUAUUGGCAUGGGCCAAAUGUUUUGAUAAUGAAAUUUAUACUAGUUUUCGCAGCUCAUCUACAGCAGAAAGUGUGACAAAUACGUUGACUUGGCGGGCAAUAUCUGACACUGAUAGAGUUUGUACAUGUCAGUCCAUACAAAUGGAAAGAAAUGACUCUGUGUCUAUAAACGUUAGAGUAUUAUAUCCUCCUACCCUACCAAUAUUUACGUGUGGUUCAUUAAAUGUGUCAGGAAAAAUAUAUAUAAUACAAAACGAACAACUGUUGUUGGAUUGUAAUAGCAAUAGUAAGCCCCCUCCAACUUAUGAAUGGGAAGCAAAACACAUACCAGCUACUAACAAAAGAACAUUGCAAAUUACGGAGACGGAAAAGAUUCACCAAGGAAAUUAUACAUGUUUUGUUACUAAUACAAUGAAUUCAACAGAGGGAAUACAGAAUGGUUCUAGUAGAAACACUGUUGAAGUCAAUGUUCUUUACUCUCCGACAAUAAAGGAUUUUUACGUGAAUGGAUACAAAUCUGAGCGUAAUGUGACAGCAACUGAAUAUGACAACGUCACCUUUAUUUGCGACAUUGACA